AUGGUGAAAUCGGUAGACACGCUGCUCUUAGGAAGCAAUGCUAGAGCAUCUCGUCUCGAUGAUUCGAACAAACUGCGGUUCCUUAAACCAAUAGAAAUCCCACGAAAACAAAAUCGCUGGAAUAAGUCAGCAUCAUUUCUCCUUUCUCCGCCUAGCUGUGAAAUUGGAUCUCUAUGUUUAAAUCGGAAAGGGGUUCGUUGA